AUGGAGAGGGUGUUGAAGUCUCCCUGUGACGAACAGCUCCCUCAGCAGGCUGAAGACUUGCACGGGAAUCUCGAGCAGAACAGCAAGCUUUCGGGAGUAAAAAAAGAUAUUGAAAAACUUUAUGAAGCAGUGCCACAGCUUGUAAAUGUGUUCAAAAUAAAGGAAAAAAUUGGAGAAGGUACUUUUAGUUCUGUUUACUUGGCCACAGCACAGCUACAAACAGGUUAUGAGGAAAAAAUGGCUCUGAAACACUUGAUUCCAACCAGCCACCCUCUGCGAAUAGCUGCUGAACUUCAGUGCCUCACAGUGGCAGGGGGACAAGAUAAUGUUAUGGGAGUUAAAUACUGCUUCAGGAAGAAUGAUCAUGUUGUUAUUGUUAUGCCAUAUCUGGAGCAUGAAUCCUUCUUGGACAUUUUGAAUUCCCUCUCCUUUGAAGAAGUGAGGGAAUACAUGUUUAAUCUGUUUAAAGCGCUGAGGCGCAUUCAUCACUUCGGGAUUGUUCACCGUGAUGUCAAGCCCAGCAACUUCCUCUACAACAGGCAGCUAAAAAAGUAUGCCUUGGUAGAUUUUGGCUUGGCACAAGGAACCUCUGAUACAAAAAUUGAGCUGCUUAAAAGUGCCCAAUCUGAAGACGAGCAGGGAAGCUGCUUGCAAACUAAUCCCGUUGUAGCCUUGGGAAAUGAGGUUUCUGUCAGUGUCCCAGCACCUAAACAGACAGCUCAACAGUCAGCCUCAAAAGCAGCUGAUAGAAGGUCCAGCUCACUUUCAAAAGUACAGAUGAAACAAGGAAGAGGAGGAAAGGAGGACUCUGUGCACCAUUCUGUCCAGCGCUCUGUGUUUGGAGAGAGGAAUUUCAAUGUCUAUGGUGCCACAUACCAGGAGACCUCAAGCACAAAACUCGUAAAACAAUCAAAGAUGAUAGAUGUUUCAUCUAGGAAGUUGAUAACAAAGAAGAAGAUUAUUUCUACCAAAACUGUGAGCAAUGGGGCAGCCAGGAAAGCUGCCAGUGGUUGCCCUUUAAACCUGCUCUGUGACUGUUAUGCAACGGAUAGAGUUUGCAGUGUUUGCCUUUCAAGGCGUCAGCAAGUGGCUCCCAGGGCAGGAACACCUGGAUUCAGAGCACCAGAAGUAUUAACAAAGUGCCCUACUCAGACCACAGCAAUAGACAUGUGGUCUGCAGGAAUCAUAUUCCUUUCUCUACUCAGUGGACGGUAUCCAUUUUUCAAAGCAAGUGAUGAUUUAACUGCUUUGGCACAAAUUAUGACAGUUCGUGGAUCCAGAGAAACCAUUCAGGCUGCUAGAACUUUUGGAAAAUCAGUUGUGUGUACCCAGGUUGUCCCAGCUCAAAACCUACGAACCCUCUGUGAAAAGCUGAGAGGAACAAAGAGCAGCUGUAAGAGAUCUCAGGGGGAAGGGCCCAGCAGGUCUGAAAACAGCACAGCUUUGCCAGUUGCAGCAGACAAGUCCUGUGCUCCUGAGACGCUAGGAAAACAAAUUCAACACUUAGAGAGUUUUCAGGAAGAUGAUGGUGCUUUGGAAAUGAAGGCAACUGACAUGGAAGGAUGGGAUCAAGUUCCUGAUGAAGCCUAUGACCUACUUGAUAAGCUACUAGACUUAAACCCUGCAACAAGAAUAACUGCAAAUGAGGCUUUGCUGCACCCUUUUUUUAAAGACAUAAGGCUCUGAGAAGAUAACUUACUCUGUUAUUCCUUACAUAUGUUUUGUGUGGAAAUACUGAGGCAGUUUUACCUUGUUGCCCUCAACAUUUACACUCAUUGAAAUAACAUCACACUGUGUUCUGAACUACUGAAAUUGUCUUGUACAGUUAGACUGUAAAUGUCAGUUUAAGAAAUACUUGCAGAUGCAAAAGUUACAUA